UCCUCUGAAUUCCCCAGGAUUUCCUCCAGCUCCGUGUUCAUAAGGUACCUGAUGAUUCACUCCCUCACCUCUGCAGCGCAGAGCCUGGGGCCCCUCCCCUCCUCGGAGUGGGGUACUGUUCCCCCAACACGUCCAGCUGCAGAAGGAGGACCUCCCAGAGACAGAAGAUGUGACCGCCUGGAUGGAGAAUCGCGGAGAUCCAGCAGCGCCCGUCCUACAGGAGUUGUGGGAGUGGGUGAGAGCCGGGCAGGAGGAGGUGCUGCGCUCCCCUCACCUGGCCGCGUGCUGCGCCUUCCUGACUCACGUCCUGCUGUGCGCGCCUUUCUUUGCGCUGGACGCGCUGGGGCGCGUUUGUGAGCGCGUGCGCAUGUGGAGGAUAGCCGCAGGUUCGGGUCCGCCGCCGUCCCUCCGCCGGUGGUCUGAGUGCUUCUGCAGGGUGUUGUUCCGGUACCUGACAGCUGUGCUGCCCGCCGCCACCCUGCUCCAGCUGCUGCGGAGCCCCGAGCUCCCGGAGUGGGCCCCCUCCUGCUGGCAGCUCUUUGUGGAGGUUGUGGCAUGUUUCCUGUUGUUUGACAUGCUCUUCUUUCUGUGGCACUACCUCCUGCACAGGAUCCCCUGGUUGUAUCGCAACGUCCACCAGAUGCACCACCAGCACCACGUCCCCUUCGCCCUGGCGGCGCAGGACGCCAGCUCAGCUGAGCUGCUGUCUCUCCUGCUGCUGGCUCUGAGCAGCGCCUGGGCGUUGGACUGCCACCCUCUCAGCGAGACCCUCUUCCACCUGCUCAACAGCUGGCUGGCAGUGGAGGAUCACUGUGGCUACAACCUGCCCUGGGCACUACACAGACUGCUUCCCUUUCUGGGGGGAGCCCCCCACCACCAGGCCCACCACAGUCAGCAAAGUUCCAACUACGCCCCCUACUUCACCCACUGGGACCACCUCUGUGGUACUUACCAUUCAUGAGCGCUGCAGCCGCCUUCGGAGGGAACAAGAGCUCCGCUGAACUUACAGUAAAAUCUGAUGAAGACGAUUAAACAAAAACAAACCCUAGCUGAUGGUUUAAAGUUAGGUUAGAAAUAAAAAGGAGAAGAAUUAUGUGUUUUAUGAAGUGCUGUUUGCUACUCUGGCCCCCGGACUCUGGACCUCUCUCCCACUGAGUCUGAGAUCAGUAGACUCAUUGGUCUCCUUUAAAAAGCAGCUGAAACCUCACCUUUUCAGGCUGGCUUUGGUGUGUUAUUAUUAUUAUUAUUAUUUGGUAGGUUCUUAUUAUUUUUAGUUUUUUUAACUUGUGAAGCACCUCGUGAUUUUUAUCUUCUACAAAAGAUUGUUUCUUCUUCUGUUGAAGGAACACUUUCUUUGUUUUUUGCUGCAGAAAGAUUGAGUCUAAUUUGUUAAUCACAUUAAUAGCAUUCAGUAAUCAUAGAAAGUGGUCAAAUUAAGAUAUUUCAAUUAUUAUCACCACACAGAUUUCACAUAUAUUAAUCUGACGGGUUUAUCCUUCAGGUCAAAACUCAGAGCUCUGGAGCAGAGUCAGCUGCAGCCCGAGAUAUUGUAAAUAUUUAAAGAGGCAGUAGAAUGUAAAGCCACACUUACGUUGUUGAAUAAAGGCUCGGUGGUCUAAUG